CAAGGUACCCUGCCCCUCCUCUUUCAACCCUCUCUCUCUCUCUCUCUCCCUUCCUUAAAAAAGGUGGUCGCUCUCUUUGCCUAGCCGCCGCCAUUAUCAUCUCUUCAGCAAAGACUUGAAUCAACUUCUUCUCCUCAUCUUUAUCUUUUAGCCUCUUGAUGGGAGAGGCUCAAAAUCGGCAUCUUCCCUAUUUUCGCUUCUCUGAUCUGAAAGAACGUAUAAAGGCAGGUCGUGCAAAACAAACUGUUUGAUCAGAACUUUUGUCAAAGCUACUGGAGUCUGCUUGCUGCAACAAUGAAUGUAAACGGUUUCCAAUCUUCGAGAAAGAAGCAACAUAAUGCAUUGAAGUCCGUCUCUCUUCCUGCAGAACAAGAUUGCUAUGAAGGGGAACAUCUUGCUCGUUUGCUCGAAUUAAUCAGGAGGGGUAUCGAGUCAGGAAGACAUUUAGAUGGAAACUCUUUGCCUCAAAAAAUAUGGCUGAAGCAACAAUUUGCAAUUGGGGUCAAUGAUGUCACUCGUGUACUUGAAAGAAUGGGACCAUGCAAUGGUAUGGACAGAAGCUCUCCUCAAAACUCUUUUCGCAGCAGCCGUAAAGCUCCUAUGGUUCAACUUCAGGUAAUACUGGUUGCUGCGGACUGCAAUCCACGGUGGCUAACGAAGCAUUUGCCUAGCUUGGCCUCAUCAAGAAAGGUACCGGUAAUCUUUGUCAGGGAUAAUAAGGAGGGGUCUUUAAGAUUAGGCGAACUCGUCAAGCUUAAAACAACAAUUGCUAUUGGAGUGAAGGCUAGAGGAAAUGCCAUCAAUCGACUUCUUGAGGACAUUCUCCAUGGGAAUGAAGCUGGUGUAGCGAAGGACAAUGUUAAGUUAUGAGUGUCUGUUUCUUCAUAUAGACAUUAACAGAAAAGGAGAAGGGAAUGACAGAAGUACCAAGAAUGAAGUGGGUUGGAGGGAGACCCUUUCUAUAAUAAUGGGAAUAAUAUGAAUAUACAAAAA